AGCAGCCUUAGUAUAACGAGAAUUCCAGUGCAAGUGAUUACAGUGUUGUAAGGGGUUCCUCACCCUGGUAUCUAGAUGAGACUGAUGUGAUGCAUAAUUAAGAACCCCUGUUUGAAAAUACUAGGUGUUUACAGACAAGUUCAGGUUUAUCCAGAGAGCCAUGGCAGAAGGUGGAUUUGAUCCCUGUGAAUGCAUUUGCUCACAUGAACAUGCCAUGAGAAGACUGAUUAAUCUGCUGAGACAAUCCCAGUCGUACUGCACAGAUACUGAAUGCCUUCAGGAAUUGCCAGGACCAAACUCCUCUGGUGACAAUGGCAUCAGCUUUGCCAUGAUAAUGAUGGCCUGGGUGGUGAUUGCACUUGUCCUGUUCUUACUGAGACCUAGUAAUCUAAGAGGAUCAAACACAGCCGGAAAGGCAGCCAGCCAACACAAUGGACAAGAACCACCAGCCCCACCAGUGGACUAGAGCAUUCAGUAUUGGAUUGGAAAAGUUCAGCAGCUAAAACCUUGCACGACCAAAUGAACGAAGUGACCAGAUUACUCCUAAACCCCACUCAAUACGGUUUCCUUUUCUCAUUUAUAUAGAGCAGAGUUAUCAUUCAGCAGUAAUCUUCAUGAACUGCUUUUAGCAACUUCAAUUUUAAGUUAAUUUUUGCUUUGUAUGUUAUUACGAUUCCUAUAAGAUUGUAAUUUGAAUAAUGGUAAGGCAUUGCAGGGUUUUUUUGGUUGUUACUGUUACUGUGGACAUUCCACUCAGUCUCUUUCUACAGUGAUCCUAAUUUCUUUGCUGUGAUUUCUGAUAUGCAUUGAAAGAAAAAAAAAAAAAAUCCCAGUCCAUCUAGAAGAAUGGAAGGUUACUGACCUUUCUUCAGAUUAAUUCAUAUUUCUUCUCCAGUAUGCUUUUGAGAGUUAUAUUAUGGUUGGAAUUAGUUAUGUGCUGAAAAAUAGAAAUUGUCUUAUAUUUGCCCUGGUUUCAGAGCAGCUUUUAUUCUGGUCUUUGGACCACUAACACAGUUUUCAGGGUUGCUGGCAAAAGCAUGGCUUGUCCACUAGAAUUAUACUCUUGUGUGUGUGCGUGCACACGUAAGUGAAUGUGACGAUUGCCACUGUCAAAGCUUUGAUCUAUAUAUUGAGAACUUUACAAAAAGAUUAUACCACCAAAAAAGUUAAUGUAGCCAUUUUCAUGAAUAAAUUGUAUGUCUUGUUGAAUAUGUUGUCAAAAAAAAUACUCUAAACCCAGGUAUGCUUACUUUUAGACUUUGUCAAAGGAGAAAUUUAGUAAGAAGAACUUGGUAGAAUUUUCUGUCCUGGCAUAGUGUUUUCAUAAUUGGUACCUUAACAAGUUUUUAGCCAUGAUAUAAUGUAUAUUGGACAGGAUGAAAUCAUACCAAGAAGUUACUACAGUAACUUUUGGUAUACAACAUGUACUAGAUUAUUCAAGAUUUUUCACCUGUAUGUUAUCAGCAAUUCUUAACAUUUCAUCCUUAUCUACUAGUUGUAAUUGUAAAGUAACAAACUUGCAGGUGACUACAUAUGGCAUGUCUCUUCCCUCUAGUAUUUGUGUGUAUGUGUGGUAUGUUUUAAGUGUGUGUAUGUGUGGCUGUGCACACACUUGUGCACAUCUCCCAUUAUGGCAAAUGGGAAUUACUUUUUUAAUGUACAUUAAUUUAAGAACAUUUUAAAGAUGUACAGAAAAGCAACACUGUAUAUUUUUCUUGUUCAAAUUGAAAAAUCGAUCAGAAUAAUGUAAAGAACAUUUUUAUGUUACCAACAUAAAACUUCUUUCCUUAAAUGUCAGUGGAACAGACAUAGGGGAAUUCUAAGCCUUACUCUACAAACCUUUAUUUCAUGAGGACUUUAGUUACGGAGCUGAAGGAACUAACUAUUAAAGUUCAAAAAGGUUUGUAUUAACAGGCUUGUCCUUGGUUUGUAAGACAAGUGUCUGCUAAGAAAGGCAGGAGCCUCCCUUGGAAUCGAAAAUGUAAACCACUUCCCUCUGAAAUUACUAUUAUAAUUUUGAAAUCAUGGAGCUCUCAGGCAAAGAGAUGAGAAUAACAGUUCUUUACUAGUAUGUAGAAUAAAGCCAACAACCAACACCAGCUCUGGCAUUAACAACAAACAGCACCAGGAACCCGGUGCCCAAUUCUCGGCCGCGGGCGCUCUCCCCGUCGGUGCAGUUCCGCUGAGGGCCGCCGGGGGCGCUGCU